GCAGCAGCCAGACCAUGAGGGCCCCUCCGUGGCCGUGGCCGUGGCCGCUGCCCGCCCUGCUGCUGGCGUUCACAGCGCGCGGGGAGGCGGCGAACGCACCCACCUACCCGUGGCGGGACGCGGAGACCGGGGAGUGGCUGGUGUGUGGCCAGUGCCCGCCGGGCACCUUCGUGCGGCGGCCUUGUGGCCCGGACAGCCCCACGACGUGCGACGCGUGCCCGCCGCGCCACUACACGCAGUUCUGGAACUACCUGGAGCGCUGCCGGUACUGCAACGUCUUCUGCGGGGAGCGCGAGGAGGAGGCGCGGCCGUGCGGGGCCACCCACAACCGCGUCUGCCGCUGUCGCCCCGGCUUCUUCGCGCAUGCCGGCUUCUGCCUGGAGCACGCGCCCUGCCCGCCUGGCGCCGGCGUGGCGGCCCUCGGCACCCCCAGCCAGAACACGCAGUGCCAGGCGUGCCCCCCGGGCACCUUUUCAGACAGCAGCUCGAGUUCGGAGCAGUGCCGGCCCCACCGCAACUGCACGGCCGUGGGCCUGGCCGUCAACGUGCCGGGCUCCUCCUUCCACGACGCCCUGUGCACCAACUGCACGGGCUUCCCACUCGGCUCGCUGGAGCGGGGGGCGCCGGGGACCGAGGAGUGCGAGCGCGCUGUCGUCGACUUCGUAGCUUUCCAGGAUUUGUCCUCCAAGAGGCUCCUGCGGCUGCAGCAGGCCCUCGCCGGCCCAGGGCCGCUGAGUCCGCCGCCGCCGAGGGAGGACCGCGCGGCCCUGCAGCUCAGGCUGCUGCGACAGCUCACGGAGCUCCGUGAGGCGCGGCCCGGGGCGCUGGUGGCGCGGCUGCUGCCGGCGCUGCGCACGGCCAGGCUGCCGGGGCUGGAGCGCGGAGUCCGCGCGCGCUUCCUCCGGGCGCGCUGAGCGCCCUCCCCGUUAUUUAUUCGCGCCCCGUCCCAGCGCCCCCUGUGCCGCAUCGAAGGAGGCUUCUGCCCCGGCUCGGGCGGCGCUAACUUUAUUUUUAUAAAGCCGAUUCCUAAAGGAGUGUGGAGUCUGGGGUGCGGCGGGCACACUUGGUGGGGGAAACACCUGGGCGCCUCGGGGGCCGCUGGCCCCUCCCUCCGGCAGCAUCUGCACCGACCCUCGAGGAAGGGAGGGCCCUGGGGGACGGCAGGGCGGGGGCGGGCAGCCGGUUCCGGGGCCCUUCCCGCCGAGGGGCGCCGGCAGGGGGUAGGACGGCGUGCCAGGCGUGCCUGGGUGGCGGCGCCUCCCGCCGAGCCGCCCGGGGAUUUCCCAGAAGGGGCCCGCCUCCGGGCCGGGCAGCGUGUCCCUGCGGCUUUCUGGGAAACGAGGCCUUUCCCUUCUGGGGCAGGGUCAGAUAAGAGCUUGACUCAUCAACCCCGGCCUCCCAGCCCUGGCAGCCCCCCCACCCCUCCGCCAGCCGGGGAGCCCCCAGCCUGAGCCCCAGGGAGAGGCAGGGUCACAGCCCACUCCUGUGAGUCACCUCACCUGUAGCUGGUCCCCAGCCCCAGUCCUGACUCACCCCUUUCCCAACGCAGCCCAGGCCCCGCAGCGGGAGGGGGGCGCAUCUGGGGGAUGUGACCCUCAGACACGAGGCCGCCAGGCUCCCUGGGUGUUGCCCACACCCCUGGGCCCUAUGUGGGAGGGUCUCUGCUCCUGGGCAGAGGCCUGGAAAGGGUUUCUGACCCUCCCCCACCCCUCGGUGGGAAGAGGCCCAGCACAGCACCAGCCCAGGCUCCCAGCACCCCUGAGCUAGUAACUGGUCAUCUAGGUGGGUGCCCACCCCCCAAGACCACAGAGCUUUACCCUCCUGGAGGGGGAGUCGCAAUCAGGUGGUAACCCCGCAAAGCAGGCACCUGCCCUCAUAGGCAGAUUGCUCCUGGCAGGGCUGAGGGCCAGGCCCCCCGCAAGCUGA